AGCUGCCCCUGUAGGCCGUGGAGUCGCGCAGAUCCGGAUACUCGGGUGGCCGCAGUGUCCCAAGUGGGCGACACUCACCUAGUCCCGAGGACAACCGACAAAGUCCUUAAUGGGCCCAGAAGGAGGACCGAGUACCAGAGAACUACAACUCCCAUCAGGCACUUGGGGAUCGCCGCCACUGAGGGAGAGACUAAGGCUUAGGAACCACCAUUCGCGUGAGGCUCUGCUCCCUGCGCCUGCGCAGAGUGCAGGGCCACGUCGCUUUUGCGGUACCAGAGACCACGCGUCUCAGAGACCAUGGCUUCCGCGGACUUGCGCCGGGUGGCAGAUGGCGGCGGUGCUGGGGGCACCUUCCAGCCCUACCUAGACUCCUUGCGGCAGGAGCUGCAGCAAACGGACCCAACGCUGUUGUCAGUAGUGGUGGCAGUUCUUGCGGUGCUGCUGACGCUAGUCUUCUGGAAGUUAAUCCGGAGCAGAAGGAGCAGUCAGAGAGCUGUUCUUCUUGUUGGCCUUUGUGACUCCGGGAAAACGUUGCUCUUUGUCAGGUUGUUAACAGGCCUUUACAGAGACACUCAGACUUCCAUUACUGACAGCUCUGCUGUAUACAGAGUCAACAAUAACAGGGGCAAUAGUCUGACCUUGAUUGACCUCCCCGGCCAUGAGAGUUUGAGGCUUCAGUUCUUAGAGCGGUUUAAGUCUUCAGCCAGGGCUAUUGUGUUUGUUGUGGAUAGUGCAGCAUUCCAGCGAGAGGUGAAAGAUGUGGCUGAGUUUUUGUAUCAAGUCCUCAUUGACAGCAUGGGUCUGAAGAACACACCAUCAUUCUUAAUAGCCUGCAAUAAGCAAGAUAUUGCAAUGGCAAAAUCAGCAAAGUUAAUUCAGCAGCAGCUGGAGAAAGAACUCAACACCUUACGAGUUACCCGUUCUGCUGCCCCUAGCACACUGGACAGUUCCAGCACUGCCCCUGCUCAGCUGGGGAAGAAAGGCAAAGAGUUUGAAUUCUCACAGUUGGCCCUCAAAGUGGAGUUCCUGGAGUGCAGUGCCAAGGGUGGAAGAGGGGAUGCGGGCUCUGCUGACAUCCAGGACUUGGAGAAAUGGCUGGCUAAAAUUGCCUGAGAGGCAGCUCCAAAGCACAAGACCCGGAUGUGUGUGAUACACAGUUUUGGAAAAUGGGCUGUGGUAGUCUGGAGUUGAUAAGGAAGGGGUACAAAAUGUGGUUAGAAACAUUUCCUUGUUGAAACAAAGUACUGUUGAAACCAGCUUGGAAUUUUUUUUUUUUUUAAGUUCAUUUCUCCCUUAUGGCUGCCUUUCAAACAAGUAAGUACCUUUUAUUUGAUGCCUGUAUCUUCCCUUUGUUAAGGUUUAACUUGAUGUAGGAUCAAGGUUUUUGUGACAAGCAGACUCCACACAGAGAGGAUAUGAUGAGAUAUGGCCAUCACCUGAAAAGUUUUCUUAUCUUCUCCUUCUAUGCUUUGGUCCCUUUCUCCUGGAAACAAACCUGCCUGUGUAUGAAGCUAGUUGAUUUCCGGUUGCCUCUGACGUUCACAGGCAAAACAUUGUCUAGUCCUUUGCGAAUUUCUCUGAUUUGUGGGCACAGUUAACGAAGUUUCCCCGCAUGUGAAGACAAGUACAAAAUAGCAGAGGCAAGCAGACAGUGGGUCUGUUCUUCAUUAGCUCAGUGACUCGUCCACACUCCAGUCUUAGCACUUAUGUUUCAAAAGCUUGUCACAAACCCUUGGAGUCAUUCCCAGAUAACAGAACUGGACGUGAUAAAUCCCCUAAUGCGAAGGGUCUAGUGUGUUCUUAGUGGUUAUACUGGGAAGUGUAUGGAGAUUUAGGUGCUGCUCUGCUUCUCUGGAUGGCCGAAGGCUCCUGGGCCAUCUUCAUGUGCUGCUCGAAGAUCUCCUAUUUUGUACUCUUGGCUAGAAUGCUGUGGAGCAAAUACAAAGUGAAAAAAGUUCUCUGUAAAUGUCUAAAGUGCAUAUUCAUUGAUGCCAAAAAAAAAAAAAGUUGCCUUUUGAAGUGAUGUUCUUUGCUGUCUUCUUAAACAUAAGGCUUUUAGAAAUGAUUAGUAUAUUUUGUGGUAAAGAAAACAGGCUGUCUGGCUCAAAGCAAUUAAAUAGAAUGGAAUGGUGAGUACAAAUGAGUGCACAUGUCAGGAUUCUGGCCUAACUCCUUGUUUCCUGAGCCUAAAGACUGCAACAUACACAGGAACACACUCUCCUAUUCCUACCUCACACACUCAAGGACAAGCCCAACUAAAGCUUACAAGGAGAGCAGGGUGGCUGUGUCCAGGUGAGAAGCCAGUUAUGGAACAGUGCAUUAAGAGCCAUGGUAGGAGAGGCCCGCAGUUCUCUGGAGCAUUCAGCAGGGGCACCCCACUUGGCCUUGAGGAUCAGGGGGAGUCAAAGGAUAAAACAUGGAGCUGAUGCCAUCUGAGGGAGUGUGAUCGUCCAUGUACAGCCUCUGCCUGCGGUCUCACACGUCCCUUCUGGUGGGUCACUUGGGCUCUGGGAGUACACGUCACCUCAGACCAUCUGGCAGAAAUACUCCAGGCUCCCACCCCAAAGCAUGUGUCAGCCUUGCCGCUGGAGCACGAAGACAAUGUAAAUGAAACACGAAAUGGAGAAGUCGUGAGACCCUGACCGAGUCCUUCCUUGAAAGCUGCUGCUAGUGUUCUUCGUGUCUUUUGGACUCUAUUUCUUGCCCUUUUCCUUAUUAGGCAAGUAGUAACUUAGGAAGUAGGUAAGAGCAAUGAAUGUGACAUGCUUACGUAAUCAUAGUAGGAGCUCAUGGGAAUAAAAGUCAGUGGCUUGAUGUUUCUGUUA